UAGUGCCAGAGGUCCGGCAGCUGGAGACUCAGGCACUCUCCUCCGUGUCCCAGGCUAGCUGGCCAGAAAUGUGCUAACGGGGCAGGUUAGGCCUUGCCCACAAGGGCACCUGUGGACUUUGAGAGGGGCCGGGCAGGGUGGGGUUGGGCAGUGCAUUGGUGCUGAGCGCUGGAAGGGCGGGGCCAGGCUCUGGGAGUGAGCUGGUGGCAGGCUCCCAGCCACUGCUGCACUGUCAGCUGCAGAAACAGGCCACACCAUGAAGCUGUCCCUCCUGCCUUGCGCCCUGCUGCUGCUGCUGGCGACCGGCCCCGGCCCAGGCCCCUGGCCUGCAGCAGGUGCUCAGGAGAGCUGCUCCCAACGCUGUGGGGACCGGGGUGGACAGUGCUCCUGCCACCCAACCUGCUUCGGCCUGGGCACCUGCUGCUCGGACUUGCGUAACUUCUGCCUGGAGAUCACACCCUAUUCAGGCUCCAUGAUGGGUGGCAAGGAUUUCGUGGUGCAGCACCUCACGUGGUCCGUCUCCACCGCCAGCGUGAUCUGCAGGUUUAAGGAGAGUGUCCAGACCCUCGGCCACGUGGACUCCUUUGGACGUGUGCACUGUGUGUCACCCUUGCUUUACGAAACGGGCCGCAUCCCCUUCACACUCUCUAUGGACAAUGGCCAAUCCUUCAAGAGCUCUGGCACCUGGCUGGCCGUGCACCCCAGCAAAGUGUCGGAGAUGGAGAAGAGCCAGCUAGUGAAUGAGACCCGCUGGCAAUAUUAUGGCACCACUGACGCCAGGGGUAACCUCUCCGUGACCUGGAACGCCACGGUUCUGUCCACACGCUCUGUGUCCAUCGAGCUUUGGGGCUACGAGGAGACAGGAAAACCAUACUCAGAGGAAUGGACAGCAAAGUGGUCGUACCUGUAUUCCCUGGCCACAAACGUCCCCAACUCCGGCUUCUUCACUUUCAUCCCCAAACCCGCUCCUCAGAACUAUCGGAGAUGGGAAGUGGGUGCGCUUCGAAUCAUCAACAGCAACCACUACCCAGGAGAGAAGGAUGUGCACGCACUCUGGAGCAAUGAGCACGCCCUGGCCUGGCAUCUGGGUGAUGACUUCCAAGCAGACCCUGUGGCCUGGGCCCGCACUCAGUGUCUGAACUGGGAGAGGCUGGAGGACUCGCUGCCCAACUUCCUGGAAGAACUGCCUGACUGCCCCUGCACCCUGGACCAGGCCCGGGCUGACUCUGGACGCUUCCAUACCGACUACGGCUGUGACAUUGAGCAUGGCAGUGUGUGCACCUACCACCCAGAGGCCGUGCACUGUGUGCGUUCUGUGCAAGCCAGCCCCCGGUAUGGCUCAGGCCAGCAGUGCUGCUACACCAAGGCAGGCACGCAGCUCCUGACAUCCGACUCGAUCAGCGGCAGUACCCCGGACCGUGGCCAUGAUUGGGGUGCACCCCCCUUCCGCGCACCGCCCCGCGUGCCCGGCCUCUCCCACUGGCUGUACGACGUCAUCAGCUUCUACCACUGCUGCCUCUGGGCACCCGAGUGCUCCCGCUACAUGCUCCGACGGCCCUCCAGCGAUUGCCGCAGCUACCGGCCUCCGCGCCUGGCCUCUGCUUUCGGGGACCCGCACUUUGUCACCUUCGAUGGCGCCAACUUCACAUUCAAUGGAUAUGGCGAGUACGUGCUGCUGGAGGCAGUGCUGACCAACCUGAGGGUGCAGGCGCGGGCCCAGCCCAGGACAAGGCCCGACGGCAUGCAGGACCGAGGCACAGGGCUGACCGCUGUGGCUGUCCAGGAGGGCAACUCAGACGUGGUGGAGGUCCGGCUCGCCGGGGACGCAGGGGUCCUGCAAGUGCUGCUGAACCAGGAGGUGCUCAGCUUCGCUGAGCAAAAGUGGAUGGACCUGAAGGGCAUGUUCCUGUCGGUGUCUGCCGGGGACAGCGUAUCUAUCAUGUUGUCAUCGGGGGCAGGCCUGGAGGUCAGUGUCCAGGGUUCCUUCCUGAGUUUGUCCGUCCUGCUGCCCGAGAAGUUCCUUACCCACACUCAAGGACUCCUCGGGACACUCAAUGACAACGCCACAGACGACUUCACUUUGCGCAACGGGCGGGUCCUGCCCCCCACUGCAAGUUCCCGAGAGCUGUACCAGUUUGGGGCUGACUGGGCUGUGGAGAACGCCUCCUCCCUGCUCACCUAUGACUCCCGGUUCCUGGUCAACAAAUUCCUAUAUGGGCCAAAGCAUGACCCCACCUACCAGCCCCUCUUCCCCGAGCAGACCACCCUCAACCCCACCCAGGAGCCUGAAGUAGCCAAAUUGUGUGGGGACAACCAUUUCUGCCGCUUCGACGUGGCGGCAACUGGGAACCUGAGCGUGGGCAACGCCACACGGCUGGCCCACGAGUCGCACCAGUAUCGCAUGCGGAGUCUGCAGCCAGUGGUGUCCUGCGGCUGGCUGGCCCCGCCCCUCAAUGGGCACAAGGAGGGCACCAAGUACCUGAAGGGCUCCGAGAUCUACUUCCACUGCGAAAAUGGCUAUAGCCUGACCGGGGCGGAGGUCAGCACCUGCCUGGCUGAUGGCACCUGGUCCAGCCCUACCCCGACCUGCCGGCCAGGGCGGAGCCAUGCAGUGCUGCUAAGCAUCAUCUUCGGCGGCCUGGCGUUGGUCGCUGUGGUCACGCUCCUCUACGUGCUGCUGUACCGGAGGAAGAGCAACAUGUGAGACCCAUCCACCCGGACCCAGCAUCCUGCCAGCAGGACCCUGGGCCACCUGGACUUCGCCCUGAGGGGAAUGGUCUUGGCCAGUGACACAAGAGCACCAGGCCACCCUGGGACCAAAGACCAGCCUCCCAGGACAAAGCUCUGAACUCCCCGGAGCAUGCAGCCCAGAACUUCAAUCCCAAAAUCCCUGGUACCUGGGAGCUGGACACCUGAAACCUGAGCCUUUCAUGCCUGUGGACCUGAGACCCGGUGCUCUGCUCUGUCACCUCAGAUCUGGACCCCGAGCGCUAACUAUGCAGUUCCCGAGGCCCUGUUCCCCAAAUACUCGCAGCUCUAAUUGCCCAGACUUGAGACUCCAUACCCUUGACUUCUAACACCUGUUUCCCGAGCCCUAGUACUCCAGCACCUAAUACUCAAUUGCCAGUACCUCAGAUCCUGUGUCCAAAGCCUGUGCCCCUGAUCCCUGCUGUACUGACAGCUGGUGCCCUAACACCAGAGCUCCAGCACCCAGCACCUUGAUUCCUGGACCCUGGGCCCACCUACGACUGCAGGUAGGCCCAGCCCAGGACGUGGAGAGGCCCCAGUACCCCAAAGCUGAUAGCCAUCCUCUGAACUCCAGCUGGGCCAGCAGGCUUGUGGUCACAACAUCUGAACUCCAGAUGUUGUUUUAACUCAUCUGAAUGUCACUUCAAACACCCUCCCUGCCUGACGAGGAGAAAACAAGCCUGUGAUGCCCACUCCCUGGUGUCCUGGAGCUCGUGCUGUGCCUCAGUUCUAGGGUUCCAGUUACCCUUUGGGGUCCAGAGUGACCUGAGUCAGAAUCCUUCAUCCACUGCCAGGUCGCUUGGGACAGAUCCCUUCCCAGCCUCUGUCUUUCCAUCUGAAAAGUGGGAUUGAGAACAGUGACCGCUUCAUGGGGUGGGGAGGAAGGGUGUGGUGUUUGGGAAAGGUGCACCAUGAGGUGCCACGCUGGGUGCCCAGGAGAUCGGAUAGAGCCAGCCUGCCCUCCCCCAGUGUAGGCCUCCUCCUCUGCACCUCUGUGAAGCCAGUCACUUGGAGUGGCAGGCCCAAGUCCUCUGGCUGGGACCCACCCUGGGCCCUCCACACAGGAGUGUCCAGAAGGUAGGUAUGGAGCACAGGCCUCACGGCACCUCUGCCUGCCUGAGCCCAUACCCCUCUUCCAGGGCCAGGCAGCUGGUGUGGAAAUACAGGCUAGGAGCUGGUUUGAGGACAAAUGAGAUCCAAAGUUUGUGGUGAGGGAGCUGAAUGCCAUGGGAGAGUCUAGACGGGGAGGGUGGGGUCAUUUGCUUUGUAGGUAUCAGGCGGAGAACGCACUGGGGAGGGCGGGGUUAGAGGUUAGUGCCCUCUGGACCAAGCAGUCAGCUCAGCCCGAGGGGUGGGGACAGGACAGUACUGUGCCCACAGAAUGAAGAGCUCUGGGUGGGAAGUGAUGGAUAAAUGAAGGCCUUCUACACUAGGGCCUGCAGCACCAACAGUGACCACGUGGGGGCAGCAGAGGGUAAGACCAGUGAGCAAAGGUAGAGGCUGCACCAGGACCCAGGCCAUGAGAAAGGCAGUCAGCCCCAGCUCUGCCGCUGGGCCAGCAGGCUUGUGGUCACAACCUCAGCCAAGCUUUACGCAGGCCCACCUCUGCAUCUCCUCUCAGCCUGGAGGGCUUCGAGUCAUCCCCCAGUCUCAGGAACUCAAGUCUUAGAGAGGGUGCAGAGGUCACCCUAGGUCGUUCGACUGGCACUGACCGCUGAGUCGGAGCCCAGGCCUCCCCACCCCGUCAGCCUUGCCUUUGAUGAAGGGUCCCUAGCAGAGCUGGGGUGCUGAGUGGCAGAGGCAGGUCCUGUCUACAGGGUUUCUGGGAGUAGGUGAGUACAUGGGCACAUUUGAAGGAACAGCACUGAGACUGAGGAAUUGGAAGUCUCCCAGGGAUGAUGCCCAGAAGACUAAAGGUGGGGGAGUGGUUGGUGCUUCGUGCCCUUCCAGACCCAAGAACUCUGAUUCCCUACCUCUGUGGGCUUCCAGCUCAGGGUCAGCCCCUUCGCUACUGGGCAGGUACUUUCCUCUCUGCAGAUGAGGUCAGGCAGGGCUGGCCUCUCACUGACCUGAACCCUCAGUGCACCCCUGUGCUGAGUCAGGCCCAGCUGGGCAUUUGUCAGUGGGUGAAAGGUCAGUUUUGUGGUCAAAGAAGCCUGGACAUGUGGGAGCAGACACGCAAGAGCUCAGGAGAACAGGGGCAGUUUCACAGCUCCCAUAACAGGCGUCAGAGGACCAGUGGAAUUCUCAGAGAUGUGAUUGGUCAGAGAGGGCAUUCCAGGAAGAGGAACAGCCUGAGCAAAGGUUCAGAGGAGAGAAGUACAGUUGGGUCUGAGGAAUAGUGGUAAGGGGGUGGCGACCAAGGUUCUUUCCCCAUCAGGCCAUGGCAUUUAGGCUUCAUCCUCAGAGUAAAGCGUGGCCUCCCCGACCCCCACCCUGGUCCCUCUUGGAGGGGCCAUAGAACUGCCAUUGCCCCUCCCCAGGAGAAGAAAGGGUGCACUGUCUGUGGCUCUUGCCCCAGACAUCAGGCCUUCCCAGUGCCAGGGGCAGGCCAGGCUGGGAAGUCCCAACACCUGGCAACGUUUUCCCAAGGGGCCCUAAGGAGUCAGAGGUUCCAUUGGGCCUGUGUGAGGGUGGAAGUUCCCAAAGCCCAGCACAAACUCCCUAGAGACAUCGAAGGCAAGGGACCCCGCGCCCCAGAGUGGUGGCCUCCCCAGUGCAGCUCCAAGGAAUCAUGGCAUCAAAACCCAGUGGCCAACUCCCCACCUCCUGUACCAGUCUGGGUUUGGGGGAUGGUGGUCCAGGGACUUGGAAACACAGGUAAUAGGAGAGCUGGGAACUCAGAUGGGAGAUGGUGAAGCAGCCACGGGAUCCCAGCAGCACCCCUGGGCUGAGGGACAAAGGAAGGUGGUGCCACUGAGCCAGACCCGUGUCCCACACAGCAGGGACCAUGCAAGCCCAUGGGGCCCUAGUGGGAGCCAGAGACUGCAGUCCAGCCACAGACUCCCCUACGGGCCUGUGUGGGGGAAGCAUCUCUUCUCCUGUCUCCAGCCUCCCACUAGGGCCUCCCAUUGGCUGAACGCAGUGGGGAGCACUGACACAGAUGAGGGGCCUAUAAAACACAAUGAGAGUGGGACCCCUUCUUGGCCAAGCUGGUUCCUUCUGCAAGUCCCAGGAUGGCCGAGUGCCUACCCUGAGCCACGCAUUUUCGUGGGGCUCAUGGCCUGACGCUGCCCAGGAAAGAGGGGGUGGUCAGUGCAGUGCAUCAUGGGUGUGGGAAUUAAGAGGUGCUUCCUGGAGAAGUCCAGCUCCAGCUGAACUUCAAAGGAUAAAAAACAUUAGGGAAGUGGGAUUGAAUAGGUGCCUACAACUGUUCAGCAGCCCACACUGCCCAGGCUCUUCUGGGUGGUGCACUGGACUACAUUUCCCAGCCUCCCUUGCAGUUGUGGUUGUGUGACUGAGUUCUAACCUGUGCAAUAUGAGCAGAAUGGGAUGGGACACUUCCAGGACUGGCCCAUAAUCCCUCCCUCAGACACCCCUCCAAGCUCUUUCCCCUGCUUGGGCUGAUGCAAGGAUGAUUUUGGAAGCUGCGCCAACCUGAGUCCCCAGAGUGUGGGAGGGUCCCCUGACCUGUUUACCUAUGCAGUACUGCUACAAGAACAAUAAAUAAACUCUUGUGAUUAAGCCAUA